GAGAGAGGGUGGGCAGGGGUAAGGGGGGUGUCUCACACAUCUUUUGUCAGGGACCUGGAUGGCAGUUCCUCCUGCCCCCCCCCCCCCCUGUGGCAUGCACAUCCAGCCAGCCACUGACUGAAUUGGGACAAUGUAAUGAGAGACUGUCAGGGAGAGAGACAUACUGAGAGCGCCUGGUAGUCAUGGAUAGAUGCCACCAUGGGCAGUGCCCCUAGACAGAGCCCCUCCAGUAUCAGGCGGAAGGCGGCGGGGGCACGGUGACGGAUCGGCCAGACACAGAGACCCCUGGGCUCGGGGCUCGGAUACACUGGAUUCAGGAACGGAGGGUCCGGGGCGCCUCAUAUCUUCUGCACCGCAAACCAGCGUGAAGGGGCGACCCAAUAGGAGGGUGACGCGCGGGCCGUUUGUGAAGCUGGCGGACUGUGCCCACUAUCAUUAUGAAAAUGUUAACUAUGGCCCUAUCCAGCUCGCUCUGUCGGACUCGCGGCCGGAGGAUGCCAAUGUCAGUGAAGCUGAGGCUGUUUACAUCGUACAGGUCACUUGUCAGGGUCGCUCCUGGUCUGUAUUACGGAGUUAUGAGGAUUUUCAGGUCUUGGACUCCAAUCUUCACCGCUGUAUUUUUGACCGACGUUUCUCUCAGUUGCUUGAACUGCCCCCUCGCUGUGAGCUGCCCUCCCAGGGACUGCUCCUGGCCCCACUACUCUCUCGCUAUUUGAAAGCUCUUUCUGGAAUUGUGGACAGUAACAUCAACUGUGGCCCUAUACUCAACUGGAUGGAGAUUGAUAAUCAUGGUAACCGUCUUCUAGUCAAUGAAGAGGCUUCGAUCAACGUGCCGGCCAUCGCGGCAGCCCAUGUUAUUAAACGUUACACCGCACAAGCUCCUGAUGAGCUUUCCUUCGAGGUUGGAGAUAUUGUGUCAGUCAUUGACAUGCCACCUCGGGAAGACACCAGCUGGUGGAGAGGAAAACACAGCUUUCAGGUGGGGUUCUUCCCCAGCGAGUGCGUGCAGCUUAUCACAGACAGUAAGAACCCCUCCCCGGCUGCAGAAGGUGAUGUAAAAUUGGCCAUCACAUCUCCACAUGGCUCCAACUCUCCCAGACCAGUCUGCCGGCGGCACGGGAAGCUUGCGGGGUUAUUGCGCAGUUUCAUGGCUUCCCGGCCCAGCAAGCAACGUCUGCGUCAACGUGGCAUCCUGAGGGAGAGGGUGUUUGGGACUGACUUGGGCGAGCACUUGCUGGAUUCUGGGGAAGAAGUUCCUAGGGUCCUGGUGUCAUGUGCUCAGUUCCUGGAAAAGUACGGGAUAGUGGAUGGGAUCUACCGCCUGUCCGGCGUCUCUUCCAACAUUCAGAAGCUCCGGCACGAGUUUGACAGUGAGAGGAUCCCGGAUCUCUCCCGGGAUACAUAUCUGCAAGACGUGCACUGUGUCAGCUCUCUGUGCAAACUGUACUUCCGAGAGCUGCCCAACCCACUGCUGACGUACCGGCUUUACCACCCCUUCACCGAGGCAAUGUCGGCAGCCAGCGAGGAAGAGAAGCUUAUAUGUGUUCACGAUCUCAUCCAACAGCUGCCCCCUCCGCACUACAGGACACUGGAAUAUCUGAUGAGGCACCUGUCGCGUCUCAGCGCCCACAGUGACCGCACGGGAAUGCAUGCGCGGAACCUAGCAAUUAUCUGGGCCCCUAACCUUUUGCGGUCACGGGACAUGGAGUCUGUGGGGACACCUGGGGCAGAUGCGUUUCGGGAGGUACGUGUGCAGUCUGUGCUCGUGGAGUUCCUGCUGUCUAACGUGGAGACUCUUUUCAGUGAUACCUUCACUUCAAUAGGUCGCUGCGGCCCUCUCCGGCCCCGCUCUUUGUUGGGUGGUUGCCCGUCAGGGCGUCUCGUCAGCCUGCAGGAGGCCCAGGCACGGAGUCAGAGCCAGAGGGAGGCCGCCGAAAAGCUGGGCGCAGACAAAACUUCCCCUAACAAGCAAGAGAGGGCGCCGGAGAGCAGUGAUGAAAGGAAGGGUCCACGCGGCAGGAAGAAGUCCGGAGGUGGUAGCAGCUGGAGAACCUUCUUCGCCAUAGGCAAAAGUUCGUCCCAGCAGAAGAAGUCUCGCCCGGGCGGCCUCCGAGAAAUCACUGCCCACCAAAGAGUGCCGGAAACGGUCACCCUGCGGUCAGCAAAAAGCGAGGAGUCUCUCUGCUCUCACACUAGUGGCACAGGUUUCCAGCGGACUUCCCGUCUCCGCCGCCCGCGCUCCACUAGUGAUGGGCUCCCCUCGCGACUGCCCCACUGUCGCUCGGUGGAAAGCUUACUGCCCUCCUCUCCUUCCCCUCCCCCACCCGGCGUGCCCUCACCUCCUCCCAACUCAGCCCGCCCCCAGUCUGCGUGGAUUGAGGAGGACCUGGAUCUUUCACCACCCCUCCCCGACACAGAUGGUCUUGGGUUUGACCCCUUAUCUUUCCGUCUCUCGUUCUCUGACCAUGAAGAAGUUAAGUCCCCUACCAUAGUGAAAGCGGAAGUGACCAGCCAAGGCUCUUCUCAUUCCCUCCAGCGCAGAGUGAGCCUUUCCCCUCCUGGCGGGUGCUCUUCAUCCCCUGCUCACAGCCCCCCAGAGCGCUUGGUAGCAGAUGUGGAGAGUCGGGGUCCUCGAAGUCUCUCCCCUCCCCCUCAGAUGCUGUCCUUGGUGCUACAGUCCUGCCAACUGCGCCUAAGUGAGACCUGUCUACGGGAGGGGAAGGGGAAGCUGCCCGGGGCCUGUGGACAAGACGAUCCUGUUACAGGGGUGACUCUCUCUCCACAGCAGUCUGCGCAUCCCCCACCACUGUCCCUUGUGCGGCAACUUCCGCCUCCUCCACCUCCAAAGGAUCCUGCUCGACUGAUGGCUCUGAAACUGGCGGAGAGUGCCCAACGUGCCCUCCAGUCUUCCACCGCCACAGUACCGGCUAAGCCUUCUCAGCGAUCAGCACCGCCACCUCACCCCUCCAUGUCCGUAUUCCGACGCUCUCUAUCCAUGGAGUGUAGCGAGACCAAGGCAGCGAAGGAGGGCCCCCUGUACUCUGAGCUACGCCCUCCCUUGCUGAGCCUCAACGAGAGAGCCACCACCCAGCACUGGCCGCCGAGGCCCCAAGCGCACAGCGCACUGGCACAAGGCUCCUCUCCAGCAGACCUGAGGAAGAUGACGCCGGCAGCUGCCAUUCCUUCUCGUGCUCCUCGUCUCCAUACAAGGUCCGGCAGCCUACCCGCGCCACCGAGCCUCUGCCCUCCACGCCCUCGUCCUCCUCCAUACCGGUUCCCGGAGGAAGGCCCAAGGCUUCCCCCUCACCGCUCCACACCUCACUGGCCAGAGCCAGAAGGCCUCUACUAUGAGAUAUUGGGAGACCCUCCUCACAUGGCACCCCUCAAUGCAUCCUAUGGGUUAAUCCAAACGCCUUGGCCCUACAUGGCGUCACCGCCUUCUCAUCCUCAUUCUAUACCUCCACCGGGCCUCGGCGGCUGGUACGGAAGAGCUCCACCCCCGCCGGACUCUGAGCUCUUGCGAUACUGCUGGGACAGGACGCCCCCUACGCAUAUGCGCCCCUAUGUAGUGGGAGGAGGGGUCCAGUAUCAGUAUGUGGGGAUCACCGAAAGUAGAAGUCAAGGACCUUUCACAGAAAUCGGUGCCCGUCCGCAGCCACAAGGGAGAAGAGAGGAACCGAUCUACGUUAAUAUUCCCCCGAAGGCGAACACAGGCACGCCCUUCCAGGGCGCCAGGGACCCUGCAGAACUAAAGCCUGACCUGCCCCACAAACAACGUCCCGGACAGCCACCCGCCAUUGGAAGGCAUGAAAGUUUUGGAGGGGUGCAGGCCGCAAAGCAGCAGCACACUCCCCACCCAAUACGCAGGGAGGGGUCCCUCAGUUUUUUCCGCCCACCUCCCCUUCCUCACACAGCCCUGUGGGGCACACAGCCUAAAUUCCCAGAGGGCAGAGAGCCCCCCAUCAUCACAUAUGAGACUUCUGGUGGAGGGGGCCAAAGAAUGGGUUACAUACCCCCACACUGCAUGGUGACAGAGGGGGGGACUCUGUAUGGGAACCUGGAGCAAAGGGGGACCCCGCACAGGUCGUCUACACCUGCAGGAUUCCUGGGGUCCCCGUGGACAGUACACACAGAGGGGCAGACACGGAGUUACUGCUGAGACCCGUCUAGCGCUCCAUGUCCCCAUGGUCCUGACUAAGACCCCAAACUAUGUCUUACUAUAAUAUUAUUUCCUGUCCCUUUCCAGGCACUGAAUGUGUUAAACUGUUGUGUCAGAGCUGCGGUUUGCAGGAAGGUGUUAAAACAAAUUAUUUUAAUUUUUUUUUUUUUUUAGGUGUAACUUUUUGUUGGGUAUCCUUGGAUGAUGGUGUCACAAACUAUUAUAUGUCCCAUCUCCCCUAAUCAGAAAGCACCCCCACGCAUAAAAUGUGUAAUAUAUAAUGUAUCGGGCAGGUGAAGACCCUCUACGAUUACUUAUUAUACGGACGCUAUUUGUAGGUGCUGCCCCCGGUGGUAUAAUGAUUACAUUGCACUGAAAUGUGGUUUAAUAAGAAUAAUAUUUUUCUUCCUUCUCCUAUAUGGCGUGGAACGUAAUAUGUGAUGAUGUCAUCAAUAUAAUAUAAUAUCGCUUCAUACUGUACUGUCAGUUGCCCAUUGAUGUGUACUGAGCGGGCACUUGCGGAUGGGGCGCUUUCUCUGAAGGGCGGAACGGGCCAGGCAGGCCCUAUAAACCAUUUUGCCCCUUUGUGUCGCCAAAACAAAAUCAAGUGUUGUGUCACCGUGCAAAAACAUUUAUUUCAUCGCAUUCCCAGUAUAAUUCGGGUAAUUAUGUUGUUGGGUUUUUUUGUUUUGUUUUUGUAAUUAAAAAGACAUUUGAAGUGGCCAAAAAAUGGAACUCGAAGGAAAUCAUUUAGAUUAUUUAGCAGUUUCUUAGUUGUGCGGGAAUGCGGUUAUCGGGGCCUGCCCAGGAAGGACCUGUCAUUACCAACAGCAGUCAGAUUCUGUCCUCCGAUACACUGGUGCCCUUGCCAUAGGUGGCAAAGAGCCCUCCGAUCUGUAUGUGCCCAUAGCCUGUGCCCCAUUUCCCAGUGUUACUGUAGGGACCGGUCAUCCCUACCAUUAGUGAUCUGAUUGUGGGUUCUCGCUGAUGAAUAACGUUUUCCAGUCAGACGCAUGUAUACUGUAUACUGUGUAUAUUAUGCCCUCUGUGGAAGAUUUUACAAUGUAGUAUUUGUAGUGCGUGAUAUUUUUAAUGAUCUUAACAGAUUUUAGUGUCACAUUCUUUUAUCCAUACUGUUUUAUGCUGUAUAAAGAAGUGAGCUACCAGGGCGUGCUGCGGCCUACAAUAAUACGUAUAGAUGUACGCAAUGGGGGGACAGCCUCAGUAACAAAAAGAAGAAAAUGAAGCCCUGCGUCUGCACCAAUUUGUCCUUGUACGCCUGGCCUUAGCCGCAUCGGCAUAAGGUAUGUACAGUAUGUGGCAUUAUACAAAGAGAGAGAUAAAAUGGCCUGAGAUAAAGCACAAACCAGUCAGCACUUGUCAUUUUUCAAACACUGUGGGGCAUAUGUACUACGACUUGGAGAGAGAGAAAGAACCAACCAAUCAGCUCCUACUUGUCAUUUUUCAGACACAGCCUGUAAUAUGGCAGUAAGGAGCUGAUUGGCUAAUACUUUAUCUCUCUCCAAAGCUUAGUACAUAGACAAAGUAAUUUUACAGGUGUUAGGCCACAGGUCAAUCCUAUAAGGUGUGAGUUGCUAGUUGUUUCAUGAACCUCAUAGACGCGCCCGAGAAUACUCCAGUCCAAUUAAAAAUGUCUGUUCGUGGCACUCGCAGCAGGGAGG